GUACAUACACGGCAAGAAGUCUGAAGAACCCUCCACACUCUAUAUCAAUAUACUCGCAGGAAGCAGCAUGAGCACCGUGGCGAUCAGCAAGUUGCCGCCGGUGCUCGUCCAGCCAUUAGAACCGGUCACGGUGACCGGUGACAUCAAUCUAUCGUCUUACGACAAGCAUCUUGUUUCCAGGCCUGCCACGGCGUUCUUCGUGUUUGAGCGUCCACUACACGAGCCCGUGGAGACCAUUAAAAGGGGACUGUCGCGAGCUCUUCUCGACUACUACCCUAUCGCCGGCCGGCUGGCCGCUGGAGCCACCGCCGGCGAAGUCAUCAUCAAAUGCACCGGCGAGGGCGUGUCAUUCGUCGCGGCGUCCGCCAGCUGCGCCAUCAAGGACGUCAUGGGUCUGACCGAUCCGUCGCUGAAACAGGAGCUCGGCGUGUUCUACGACGGUUCGUGCAGAUACUCGGAUCCAUUGGUGCUGAUGCAGGUGACCGUCUUCUCCUGCGGCGGGUUCGUCCUGUGUGUAACCUGGAACCACUCCGUCGCCGAUGGCGUCGGGAUGGGCCAGUUCAUGCAGGCGGUCGGCGAGCUCUCUCGCGGCAUGCCGUCCCCGUCCGUCGUCCCGGUCAGGCAGCCCGAUUCGCUCAUCUUGGGGCCGCCUCCGGUUUUCACAAAGAUUAUGCAGCUCCUGGGUAGCCUUCAGCCUACUCAACUGGCCUUGCUUGACAUCACAAUCCAAUCAAGCUUGAUACGGCGCAUCAAAGAUAAAUACUCGUCGAUAAACUCCGGCCAGCCGUGCACCGUGUUCGAGGCGGUGGCCGCGGUUCUGUGGCGGUGCCGGGCCCGUGCAAUCUCCUCCGACCCGGAGGCGCUCACCGUGCUCUUCUUCCCUACCAAUGCGCGCACGUACGCGGGGGCAGAAGAGGGAUACUACGGCAACUGUCUCGUGUGGCGGCUGGCCACGGCGACAACCCGCGCGGUGGCGAACGGCGAUGUCAUGGAUCUAGUCAAGAUGAUCCACGGCGCCAAGGAUCGGGUGCCCGACCAGUCGGACAUGGAGGAGCUGCUGCAUUUGCCGCAUUGGUACAACCUUCUUCGCAUCACGUCCUGGCGAAACAUUGAGUUUCAGACACCUGAUUUUGGCGCGGGGACACCGACCAGAGUGAUGGCACACUCGCCGCCGCAGAGAGACCUGCCCAAAUGUACGGCGUGUAUCCCGUGCAUUGACGAGUACAACGUGUUGUCCACCUGCGUGAUGGAGGAACACGCCAGCGCCUUCCUCCACGAAUUAGCAGAUAUGCACCUCAAUUACAUUUAGUGCAUAUGUACAAUUAAAGUUUGCAAAAUUAAACCUAGAAAUUUCGAUCGGUGCUUAUUUCUGUAGGAGAGAUGUCUACUUAGACAUUCUAAACAUUGUGCAUAGAAAACCGAUUUAUUUCACAUCUUUAAUAAUUUAAAGCAUCUCUAACAGAUCGCUUAUAAUCAGUUAGAGAAUUAAAAUUUCGGUUUUACUCCUUUAACCACACGAUCUCUUACAACGGUAAGAGGAGUAAAAAAAAUAUUGACAUGUCUGCGCUCCCUAAAAAAUAUCCAACUUGGACAUCGAUGAGCAAAAGUCCCUCUCCUCUACCUGCCUCCAAUUUCGUCCAUGCACCCCUUCCCACCUUCAAUCCUUCCCCGAUCUUGAUUGGCGUCGGUCCUGCUCGGGUCGUAGUGCAAGGGAUCAGUUAGAGACACUCUUACAUCCAGCACUAUGAUGCUGAAUUUAUUUUUGAGGUGUAUUUGU